AUGUCAUCCACACAUCAUGGCCACGACCGCGAGGACAGCCAGUCUAAGUCGACUUUUGGCAGGUUUAAAGAUAAAGUUCUUCGCAAAGGUGACAACCAUAACUCCGAGAGGGAGCAUGAUUCGGACAGAAACACAAAGAAGCGAGGCCAUGAUCAUGCGGAUGGACAGCAGCCCCCACCUGAUGCGAUAGAGGCUCAAUGCCGGAAAUGCGACAAGGAACAUGGCGGCAAAAAGAUCAAAAUCGUUUAUUUCGAUCCGAAGACACAAAUGCCAAUCCGACCAACACCGGAACCUCGACAAGAAUUCUGUGAAGAGUGUGGACUACCAUGGCCAAUGGACAAGAAGUACAAUGACCGUAUGACGGAUAAGAUCAGGAGAAGGCUAGCAAAAUCCGAUUACCACAAAGACGAAUAUGCCUUGUGCGACUACCACGCCGGAUACUCCGACGAAGCCGACAAGGACAGAGAUCUAGACGACGAUGAUGAAUCAGGAAACAAGAGAGCAUUGCUUAUUGGUAUCCGUUACAAAGGUAUGGAGAAGGAAUUGGAGAAGACAGAGGACGACAUCGAAAAUAUGAAGAAAUUCCUAAAUGAGCAUCAUUACAAGAAGAUUGACAUUCUUAUGGAGGACUGGAACAGAUACAGACAUCCCACGAAAGAGGAUAUACAAAGGUACAUGGAGAGACUUGUUGAAGAUGCCAAGGACGGCUCAGCAUCUAAACUAUUUCCUUCAACAGACUCCGGACAUGGUAAACAAGUCGUUGACAGGGGCAAGCACGAUGAAGUGGACGGAAAAGAUGAAGGUAUUGUUCCUGUGGAUUACAAGGUCCUACCGGAAGGGAAGGAAUUCUUAAUAGAUGACGAAAUGCACGAGAUUCUGGCUACAGUCAACAAAAAGAUCCACUUGACGGCUGUCUUUGACUCUUGUCACUCUGGUUCAGCCCUUGAUCUACCUUACGAGGCGCUGAUAAGGCGAGACAGUCGUGACAGAGAAUUCGUUGACAUUUACUCCGCCAAGACAAAGAGAAAGAGGAGUAGCAAACACAAAGCAAAUAUUAUCCUGUGGAGCGGCUGUGAUGAUAAAGGCACAAGCAAGGAGACAAGAGCUAGCGGAGGUGUUAUGAGCAGGGCAUUUAUCGAAUCAAAUCGGUAUCUUCACAAUACAUCCAAGACCGGCGAUUACACUUAUGCGGAGUUACUACAGUUUAUACGGGACAAGGUGCGAAAGCAUCACCAAGUUCCUCAGCUAUCAACUCUCCAAGACUUUGAUCCGAAUAAGGCGAUUGUCCAUAUCUAA